CCGACGCCCUUCUCUUUCGCUUCGCCCCCACUCUUCUCCCCACACCCAUCAAUUUGUUCGUCGAGACGUCUCGGUGUAAGCUGCCAUCGACUGGCCACGACCAAACCCUAGGCCGCCGCCGCCCCGGAGGCCACCAAGGGGAGGAAGACAGGAGGAGGAGGAGAGGAGAUCGGAAGGGAGAGGGAUUUAUGUCCCAGCGAGGGGACAGGGGCGAGGGGCACGCGAGGAGACCCGCCCGGUCCAGCAGCUUCGGCGGCCACCGCGGAGGCGGAGGAGUCGGCGGCGCGGGCAAGGGCGGCGGGGGCUCCUCCGGCCAGCCUCCUCUCUCGUCUAACCGCAGCUUCAGGAAGUCUGGCAAUGGCCACGGCGGGCACCAGAGGGUUGUGAGCCAAGCUGACACCCACGGCUUCCAGCCCGCACCAGCACCCGCGCCCCUGCAGGCGUCGCCGCGCCCGCCCACACCUCAGAAUGCGCCGGUGCAAGUUCCUGUCCCUGCGCCGCGGCCUCAGCAACAGGAUCUGUCUGGAGUGCGAGCGCCCACGCUACCUCCUUCUGGUGAGAACGCGGCCAAUGUGCCACCACCGAAAAGUAUUCCGCAUGCUGCUCCUAGAGCCCCAUCAAGGAUUUCAACUGCGGCUGCUUCCCAGGGAGCAUCAAAAGGUGAAGCAAUUACUUUGCAGUUUGGCAGUUUCAACGGUUUGAAUGGUGUUGGACCUGGUGGUAGCAUUCUGCAGUUCCCUGCCAGGACAAGCUCAGCUCCUCCUAAUUUGGAUGAGCAGAAACGUAUGCAGGCACUCCCUGAAGGUAAUAAGAUUUCAACUCCUGGGCCUGUUCCAACAGCUCCAAAACAGCAGCAGCAACAGCAGCUGAUGCAACAGCAGAAGCAACAGCCACAGCCACCACCUCAGCAGGCAAGAAAGGAUGCUGUUAGUUCUAGUCAGUCAUCAAAACCAAUCAACCCUCACAUUCCUUCACAAAUGAAGAGAGAUGUGCAUAUACCUCCAUCUGUGCCCAGUAUUGCACCACCAAGACCCCCUGUUCAGCAGAUACCUGGGCUGCCCAUCUCGAUGCCAUACCACCAUCAGCCAACCUUGCAGUUUGGUGGUCACAAUCCACAAAUUCCACCACAGGGAGUUGUUACUAGCUCACUGCAAAUGCAGAUGGGAUUGCAUGGCGCCAAUGCACCCCAGGUUGCACAGCAAAUGUAUAUACCGGCUAUUCAGCAUCAUCAACUGCAAGCACCAGCUAUGAUGCAUCAAGCACAAGGUAUAGCUUAUGUUAAUUCAGCUACUCAUCCACUGACAACUCAGUUGGGCAACAUGAUGAAUGUGGGGGUGGGACCUCAGUUUGCAUCGCAACAGCCAACUAAGUAUGUAGGACCUGCUCGGAAGACCACAGUCAAAAUUACUCAUCCUGACACACAUGAAGAAUUGAAGCUUGAUAAGAGGAUAGACUCUGCUGGUCAGAGGGGUUUACCGAGUGUACAACAGCAAUCCCAGCAGGUCAGUAGUUAUGGAUCUAUGGGUUACUACCCGCAAAAUUCGUAUAGCCAGUCACCUAUAUUUUACCCCACCACUACUGGUGUCAGCCAGGUUCCCACUGCAUCACAGGGUCCUAGGUUUAUAGCUGGGCAAACAGUUUCGUUCAUGAACCAACCGAUGAACACAGGUUCUAGCAGUAACAAGGACAGCGUAGCAGGGCCUACAGCACCUGGACACCCCCAAGUCCCAGGUAAACUACACCUAGCUGGGCACAUGGAGAAAUCUGGAGUACAUGCAGUCACAAUAAGUGCACCGCCUGGUAAAACAGAUGCUAAGUUAAAACCAACUGAAGGCUCUCUAUCACAUCGACAAAAGGAUAAUGAAGCUGUUUCUGGCGUCACUAAAUCAGGUAGUGAGAAUGAGAGUAGAGCUCCACAGAUCACGGAGAAGCAUUCCACAUCAGGGAGCCAACCGAUACAAUCUGUAGUUGCAAGUCCAGAAACUACAGCACCUGCAACCUCUGCUGUGAAUCCUCUGUCUGGAGCUGAUGGAAAAAUCAAAGAAUCCAUUCCAAGAAUUGAGUCGUUUAAGGAUAGCAAUAAGAAUGCUGUUAAGGACACUGGGAAUUUAUCACAAGAACCACAGUCAGCUUCAUCUGCUGAAGAUUUAAAGGUUACUUCUCUAAAGGUUGUAUGUGACGGCAUUAGUCCCAUGGAAGACAAGGGCGUAAAUAAAGGGUUGGAGCUGACCAACACAGCUGAAGCUGACAGCAAAACAUUAAAAGCUGCUGAUGCUUCUAGCGUGGAUAGGAGCUCCGCAAGAUCAACCUCUGAGAGCACCGAGAAACCUCAAAAAGUAGCAAAAACUGAUGUUGCUAUUGGUGAAUCUGAACAAACUGGAAUAGCUCACAAAAUUUCAUCAGAUCUUACAAAGGAUGAAAUUUCUUCUGAUUCAACUUUAAAUGAAUCACAUGAAGUUUGCACCCUAGACUUGCCUGAGCAGUCUUCUGUGGGGGCUUCUAAUCCUGAUAAUUCAGAUGCAAUGACUUCUCUAACUGACCAGGAACAGCUACCUAAAGAGCCCACUCCAUCUGUAUCUGAUGAGAAUCCUAUGAUGAACAGAUUGCUUCUGAAUGAGGAGAAAAUGUCUGGUUCUGCCGAUGACACUAUUGAUUCUAUUGCCAUUUCUGGAACUUCAUCAGAGUUUAUCAUUCAAAAUGCCAAUGCUAAAGGUGACAUUAGUGGUGAAACAGGGUCUGCUAUAUCUAGCACCAUUUCUGAUGUGUUAUCUGUGACUAAUUCAGUGGCAUCAGAGGGUCCACUGAAACCAGAAAGUGUGUUAAAGGAUCAAUCAAGUUCUGCACCAGCAACUUCUGUUCGGCCAGUUUCAAGGGAAAAACCUAGCACGGAAGCUAACCGAACAAAGCUUACAGCUGGGAAAAAGAAGAAAAGAAAAGAAAUGCUUUCAAAAGCUGAUGCUGCUGGGAGCUCAGAUCUUUAUAACGCAUACAAGGGACCCGAGGAAAAACUAGAUUUCAUUGAUGCCACAGAGAACCUUGACAGUUCUAUUGUUGAUCAUGAGCUACCAGAUGAAUCCUCCGAAAAGGAGGUUAAUAUGGGUGAGGACGAGGGAAAGAGAAAGGCUGAGCUCGAUGAUUGGGAAGACGCAGCAGAAAUGUCUACUCUAAAGUUGGAGAGGUCUGAUUCCAGCAACCAGGCAACUGAAGCUAAUGGGAGGAAGAGAUAUUCCCGGGAUUUUUUGCUAACUUUAGCACCGAGUUGUACUAAUCUUCCUGUUGGUUUCCAGAUGUGUGAUGCCUUCAGCGUUCUUUUCCAUAAUUUGGCUGGAAAGUCUUAUGUUGUUGAUCACCCAAGUCCUGGAAGGGGAGCUGACAGGCCAACAUCUCGUGGUGAUCGCCGUGGUGCCGCCAUGGAGGAGGAUAGGUGGAAGUCAGGCCAUCAUUUUGGUUCUGGUCGUGAUAUUUACUUGGACAAUGGCCCUCCAACUAUGAAUCACCGUGGUGCCCCAGGAGGGAAUCAUGGUUUGAGGAAUCCACGAGGUGGGCCUCUUGUAGGACUGAAUGCUCCUCAAAUGGCACGAAGUGGUUCUGAUGCAGAUAGAUGGCAAAAGGGUCUGAUUCCAUCUCCUGUUACCCCUAUGCAAGUAAUGCACAAAGCAGAGAAAAAAUAUGUCGUUGGCAAAGUUUCUGAUGAGGAAGAAGCAAAGCAGAGGCAACUGAAGGCCAUUCUGAACAAAUUGACACCGCAAAAUUUUGAAAAGCUUUUUGAAAAGGUGAAAGAGGUGAACAUUGACAACGUGGCAACUCUUACCGGGGUCAUUUCGCAGAUAUUUGACAAAGCUUUGAUGGAGCCAACAUUCUGUGAAAUGUAUGCUAACUUCUGUUACCAUUUGGCUGGUGCACUGCCAGAUUUUAGUGAGGAUAAUGAAAAAAUUACAUUCAAGAGGUUGCUUUUGAACAAAUGUCAAGAGGAAUUUGAGAGGGGUGAAAGAGAAGAGGCUGAAGCAGACAAAACAGAGGAGGAAGGUGAAAUUAAGCAAACUAAAGAGGAACGGGAAGAGAAAAGAAUUCGUGCUCGAAGGCGCAUGCUCGGGAACAUUAGGUUGAUUGGAGAACUGUACAAAAAGAGGAUGUUGACAGAACGCAUCAUGCAUGAAUGCAUUAAAAAUUUGCUGGGAAAUUGUCAAAACCCUGACGAAGAGAAUAUCGAAGCACUGUGCAAAUUGAUGAGCACAAUUGGAGAGAUGAUAGACCAUAUAAAGGCUAAGGAGCAUAUGGAUGCGUACUUUGAUAUAAUGCAGAAGCUGUCAACAAGUCAACAGCUAUCAUCGCGUGUUAGGUUCAUGCUGAGAGAUUCAAUUGAUCUUAGGAAGAAUAAGUGGCAGCAAAGGCGUAAGGUGGAAGGUCCAAAGAAAAUUGAGGAGGUGCACAGGGACGCAGCUCAGGAAAGACAUGCUCAGUCAAGUAGGUUAGCUCGUGGCUCAGUUGUUGGUUCUGCUCCAAGGCGAGGAGCGGCACCUAUGGAUUAUGGUCCUCGUGGCUCAGCAGCAGUAUUGGCUUCUCCAAGUUCUCAGCAAGUUGGCCAUCGGGGAAUGUCUUCACAUUCCCGUGGGUUUGGUACCCAAGAUAUCCGAUUUGAAGAAAGAACUGUGCCCCUUCCUCAGCGCAAGGAUGAACCCACUCUUACUCUUGGGCCACAAGGUGGCCUAGCAAAGGGUAUGAGAGGGCAGCCACUGAUAUCAAAUGCCGAACUUUCUUCUGCUGUUGAUAAUCGCAGGAUGGUAUCUGGUCCGAAUGGGUAUAAUUCUGCUUCGACUGCAAGAGAGGAAGCAACCUCGAGAAUUCCUGAUCGUUCUGGAAGAAUGGCACCUAAUACACAGUUUGCUGGACCAUCAAACAGGCCUGCCAGCCAGGAGGGCCGUUCAGGGAAUAAAUCAUACUCCGAGGAUGACUUAAGAGAGAAAUCUGUUUCUGCCAUCCGGGAAUAUUACAGUGCAAAAGAUGAGAAAGAGGUUGCUUUGUGUAUCGAGGAGUUGAAUGCUCCAAGUUUCUAUCCACAUGUAGUAUCACUCUGGGUAAAUGAUUCCUUUGAGAGAAAAGAUAUGGAAAGAGAGUUGUUGACUAAGCUUUUUGUUAGCCUCUGCAACAGUCGAAAUAAUUUAUUGAGCAAGUCUCAACUCACUGAAGGACUUGUGUUUGUUCUUGCUUCAUUGGAAGAUGCUCUAAGUGAUGCUCCAAGAGCGGCAGAAUAUCUUGGACGACUUCUUGCAAGGUUUGUGGUUGAAAGCAUAUUGUCCUUGCAAGAGGUAGGUACAUUGAUUGAACAAGGGGGGGAAGAACCUGGAGACCUUGUACACCAUGGCAUUGGAGCUGAUGUCCUUGGUGCAGUUCUAGAGUACAUCAAAGUAGAAAAGGGGGAUUCAUUCUUGAAUGAGGCCAAGGCAAGCUCCAACCUCAAGUUGGAGGAUUUUAGACCACAGCAUCUUAAGAGAUCAAAGUUGGAUCCCUUCAUGAAAGCAUAAAGAAGCUUUGUUACUAGCUUAACGACUCAUGGGUGUUGGCACAACCAUGGCGCAUAUCUUUUUUCGCAGCAGACCAGAUUUUUUUUAUUGACAACUGGAGAAGUCCAUCAGAUGCUGCCCCUUGGCAUGAACCCAUUUAUUCUUCCAGGAGCUCCUGCUGUGAAUUUUCUCCAUCCUGUUGAAAGUUGGUUCUGAUGGUAAAUGAUGGAAGGGUCCCCGAUGUUGUUGCCAAUAAUUUGUCCCAUUUCGAGUCGGCUUUAGCGAGUAUCAGGGUUUUCUUUUUUUCUUUUUGUGGUCACAGGGGGGAGAAGUUUCUAACCAAUGUUUGUUGGGAGUAGGGGGAAUUCUAGGUUCAGCUUUGAUGCCUCCCAUAGCUUCUGACCAAUAUUCCAUUGUGAUCAGACUUUGUAGUUGCUUUUGACUUAUCGGCAUUUUCCUGAUAGCCAAUGUUCGUCUUGACUUACCUA